AUGAAGCAUAAGUUGUUGUUUCUAAUUCUAGUUUUCUUAGUUCUUUGUGUAGAAGCAGAUGAUGAUGGGUUUGUGAAAACAAGAGGAGUACAGCUUAUGCUGAAUGACACCCCUUAUUAUGCCAAUGGUUUUAAUGCAUAUUGGUUAAUGUACUUUGCUUCUGAUCCAUCUCAGAGAAACAAAGUAUCAUCAACUUUUCAAGAGGCUGCAAAUCAUGGACUUAACAUAGCUAGAACUUGGGCUUUCAGUGAUGGUGGUUAUAAACCACUGCAAUACUCUCCUGGAUCCUACAAUGAGGAAAUGUUCCAGGGGUUGGACUUUGUGAUGGUAGAAGCUAGAAAAUAUGGGAUGAAAGUGAUUUUGAGUUUGGUGAACAACUAUGAGGGUCUUGGUGGGAAGAAACAAUAUGUGGAAUGGGCAAGGAGUGAGGGACAGUCCAUAAAUUCUGAAGAUGAUUUCUUCACUAAUAAUGUUGUGAAGGGUUACUAUAAAAACCACAUUAAGACAGUGCUUACAAGACAUAACAACUUCAGUGGAGUUGCUUACAAAGAUGACCCUACUAUAAUGGCCUGGGAGCUUAUGAAUGAGAUUAGAUGCUCUUCAGACCAUUCAGGAAAUACAGUCCAGGGUUGGAUUACUGAGAUGGCAUCUUACUUGAAAUCCAUUGAUGGAAACCAUUUGCUUGAAGCUGGUUUAGAAGGCUUCUAUGGACAAUCCAAGACCGAAUCUAAUCCUAACUUUCAAGUAGGAACCGAUUUUAUUGCAAACAACCAAAUCCCCAACAUCGAUUUUGCAACACUACAUUCCUACCCAGAUCAAUGGUUAUCAAGUUCAAGCUAUGAAGACCAACUCUCUUUCUUAAGGGAGUGGCUCAGUGAGCACAUCCAAGAUGCACAGAACAUCCUUCACAAGCCACUUCUACUUGCAGAAUUUGGAAUUUCCACUAAAAACUUGGGCAAUAAUAGCUCAAUACUGAGGGAUAAGUUUUUCAAUACAGUAUAUUCAGCUGUAUAUUCAUCAGCAAGUGCCGGUGGAACCGCUGUUGGUGGCUUAUUUUGGCAACUUCUUGCUCAAGGGAUGGAUUCUUUCCGAGAUGAUUACGAAGUGAUUUUAGCUGAGAGUACCUCAACAUCAACUUUGAUUUCUCAAGAGUCUCGAAAACUAAAACGAAUUCGCAAGAUGUACGCCAGACUUCUCAAACAUUGA